AUGGUCAAACCAAACCCAGUGAGAUUCAGGGAAACGGAAUACAGUUUACUCAGCUCCUUCAUUGCCAAUGACUCGCAUAUUCUGGUUCCGCACGUAAUCGUCCAGGGCUACAAGUCUGUGGGUAAGACAUUUGUUGUGAAAUCCUUUCUAGAUGACAUUGGAAUCAACAAGACAAUAGUAAACUGCGAUGAGUUUCUCACUCAAAAGCUUCUUCUACAAAAAUGCCUACAUCGCAUCAAGCAAGACAGUGGAAUUGAUCUUGACAAAUACCAGCAGAGAUUCAUGUACAAGGGCUUGGAGGCAUCUAGAGAAUCAGUAUUGUGCGAAACAUUCUCGCAGUUUCUUAUGACUCUUGAACAAUUCAUAGACGAAACCAAUUAUAGAGAGCCACAUGUGCUAGUUCUUGACAGGUUCGAUCAAUGUCUUGAUCAGACUAAUGAAUUGUUUCGGGCUUUCCUUAAGCUCAGAGAGUAUUCAAGCAUCACAAACAUAAUCGUAAUUUAUAUUACGUCACAUGAAGACCCCAAAGAAAUUGCACCCUUUGUAAUUCCUCAUGUUCAUUUUCCUCCCUACACACAAGAAAGUUUGGUCGAAAUUCUAGCUGAUUCCCGCCCAAAGGAAGUGACAGAAGGACUAAUAGAUGUGAGCGCAUGGCAAAGUUUUUCCAAACUUGUCGUUGAUUCUUUAUUUCACUAUACUGGCACAGAUCUUUCACUUAUUAAGGAUAUUUGCAGUAAGUCUUGGCCCAAAUUUAGUGCCCAAUGCAUCGAGAGUGGACAAGGUAACACAGGUUUUUUGAAAGCAUUGCGAUCACUAAGAGAUGAAAUUUUUCAGGAUGACAUCAUCACCAAUAGUAGUGUCGUUACUUUUGGCGGGCUGGUGGACGAAAAAGGGUCCAACUCUUCUUUGGGUGAUCUCCCAUAUCAUUCAAAAUUUAUUCUCAUUGCAUCAUACUUGGCUUCAUACACGGAUGUGAAGCUGGAUAUUCAGCUAUUUUCCCGUGUGAAGACCGCUAAGAAAAGACCUAGAAAGAAAACCAAUAGUUCAAGAGCAGAUGCACAUUUCAUGUCAGCGGCAUAUUUCGACCUAGAGCGAUUAAAAGCGAUCCUUUCUGUCAUAUACAGAAACGAAUCUUUGAGUUUAUCACGGAACAAUGAGGAGUUUCUCAAUCUUUAUCAUGAUCUUUCUGAAAAAGACUUGGCCAAAAAAGAGGCUGAGUUCACAUAUUUUACUCCGAACAAAUCUGUCGAUGUAAAUACUCAAAUAGCGACAUUGCUGUCACUUGGAAUGAUAGAUAGAACGUAUUCCCUGGACGCCUUGUCCUCAAGAAUUCGGUGGAAGUGCAAUGUCAGCUGGGAUAUCAUUAGUAGUCUAGCUGAGGAUAUUCGGUUUCCACUCCAUAAUUACAUGAUAGAUAAUUGA